AUGUUACAUACAAUCCUCUUUUGUAGGAGAGGAAAGGCACCUGAGGUUAAGAAAAACAUAUCAAGGUUCUCUGGUUUUGUAUGGUAUGAAAAUGAGGAAAAGCAAAUGAUUAAAGUAAAAGAAAAAUUUGACAAGUGUAAUAAAGAGAAGUUGUUGGAUGUCUGUGAUGUGCUUGACAUACAAGUUGCAAAGGCAAAUACUAGGAAGGAAGAUAUUAUUGCAAAGCUAAUAAACUUUUUGGUUGCCCCUCAUGUGACAAGGGCUGUAUUGCUUGAAGAACAAGAAAAGUCUAUUAAAGGAAAAAAGCGCAAGCGCAUAACAAAGCAAGGUUCAUCGAGAUCUGGAGCAUCAACGUCAAAACGCUCUGCUAAGGUGAGAUUUCAUGUUUUUAACUGCUGA